AUGUACCCUCUCCACAUGUACCCUCUCUACAUGUACCCUCUCCACAUGUACCCUCUCCACAUGUACCCUCUCCACAUGCACCCUCACCACAUGUACCCCCUCCACAUGUACCCUCUCCACAUGUACCCUCUCCACAUGCACCCUCACCACAUGUACCCUCUCCACAUGUAUGCUCUCCACAUGUACCCUCUCCACAUGUACCCUCUCCACAUGCACCCUCACCACAUGUACCCUCUCCACAUGUACCCUCUCCACAUGAACCCUCUCCACAUGAACCCUCUCCACAUGUACCCUCUCCACAUGUACCCUCUCCACAUGUAA